AUGGAUUGGACUAAUGAAGAUGUCUCAAUGUGGUUGGUCGAGAAUGGUUUUGAUAGAUUCGUUAAUAGAUUUAAAGAAGAAGAAAUUGAUGGUCUCUCAUUAUUACAUUUAAGUUCAUCAUCAAUUGAAGACUUAUUAUCGAUUAAAAUAGAAAAUAAUAUUGUUAAAAGACCAACUAUUGGUGUGAAAAUAACAUUUGAAAAAAAAUUGGAGAAGUUGAAAGAGAAUGUUUGUUUAAUUGAUAAUACAGUUGUAUCAUUGGAUGAAAAGCAAGCUGAUUUAUUUUUACAACAAUUACAAUCGAAUGAAUCAAAUCACUUGUUGUUUUUGAAUGAUUUCAAUAUAGAUAAUGAACAACUGCAAUUACAAGUAUCUUCAUCGAUUUCAUCUACGUCAAAUCAAUCUCCUGGUCAACUUUCGACAAAUAUUAAUUCUUUACAACUUACUGGUGCAUCACCUAAUCAAAUGGUCGAUGAGCAACCAUCAAAUAAUUCUUUAAUAAAUUCAACAUUAUCUCAAUCAAGAAAACAAUUUCCAUUAAAUUAUAUACUUCCAAUAUUUGAUAAAGCUUUUGAACAAGCUGCUGAAGAUCCUUCAUCAUCAGAAUUUGGAGCCCGAUGCAAAAGAAAACAACAAUUAGUUAAAACAAUUCGUGAUGAUAUCGUCAAUACUUAUAUGGUAUUGAUUUUUAUCCAACAUCAUAUGAAUUUGAUCGAAUGA